AUGGAUGGAACGAGGGGUGGACCGACUUUGUCCGCUGCAUCCUCGGGAACGGCGACGCGAUCGGCUUCACCGUUGCCCGCCGAGAACGACAGACCGCCCCAGGCGUCCAACCGCUCGAAGCAGCGCGGCCGACUUGGCGACGACGGCGUGGUGAACGAGGUCGAGAAGCAGCCGUCCGAGGGGAGAGGACGCACUCCGGGAGCACGCGAUCAUGGCCAACAGCAGCGCAAACGACUGGGCUUCUCGCCUGAUCGUCGACCUUGGCCCGAGCGAUCAACGGUGUACCAGUUCCGGCCGUUCCGGGGCAUGAGCACGGACGUGCGAAAGCGAUUGCCCUUCUACCUUUCGGACUGGACCGAGGCUUUCCGACCGCGCAACUGGGAGAGGACGAUUGGAGCGACCAUCAGAAUAUACUUUCUCAAGUGAGUACACAUGCUCCUACCUGCUCGUUCGACUCUAUCCCGUUCGGUGAACUCCAUCCGCGUGUUUCCACCCCACGGAUCCCCGCGCUGGCGAGCCCGGCGCGUCGGUGACGUAGGCAGGAUUUUCGGCUUGGGACUCCCGCACUCUGACCUGAUGAAUGUCGACCCCCACCGCGGUGCUCGCUUGUACACAAACCAGCCUCUUUCCUGCUCUAGCCUACACGAUUGACAUGAACCUCCGCACCGGUGGCAAUUAUGGCGUCAACGAGACCUUGCUCGCUUCCGUCCUCGCCGCUUUGGCCUUUUCGGUCCUUUCGGUCCAACCCCUGACGAUUGUGAGUACAAGGGGCUGCGCGAGACCAGACGAGGGAACGCAACUGAUUGAAAUCGCUGUACAGGUCGGAGUGACCGGUCUGAUCAACUUGUUCAACUACACGACCUAUGCUAUCCUAGGUGAGCUUUAGGCAGAGAUUUCCGCGUCCGAAUGCGAGUCGAGUUGGGGCCGGCGCUGACAUUGCGGUGACGGUCGUCCAGAACGACAACCGGAUGCACCCAACUUUCUCCAAUUCCAAGCAUGGGCUCUGAUGUGUUUAAUUUCCGAUGAUUGGUCUCUCGCAGUCUCUUCGAGGAGACUGACCCCCAUAUCACUCUCACAGCUGGUCGGCGAUCACCCACUGGAUCAUUGCCGUCUUUAACAUCUCGGACUACACUCGCUUCAUCACUGACAUGACCAGUGAAACGUUUGGCCUAUGUGAGUAGGCUUCUCUAUCAUGGUGAUGCGAGCGAUCUUGCCUGACUUGAUCUUCUUUGCCUCUCCCGCCCCGCAGACGUGGGCGUCAUCUACAUCCAAAAGGGUGUCGAGUUGCUAGUGUACGAGUUUGACGCAUCUGGUCAGUAACGUGUCACGAGAUGAGACGAGCACGAGUAUUGACGCCAUCAUGAUUUCUACGCUCAGAUCAAGCCGGGUGGUUCUCCGUCGUCGUCGCAAUCCUGUUCGCACUCUCAGUCUAUUUCCUGGAGAGGACGGCUACGCUUAACUUUGGACCCUUCUGGCUGCGGAAAUGUAUUACCGACUAUGCGUUUGCCGCCGGCAUCAUCUUCUACACGGGAUUCGUGCACAUCCCGGGCCAUAUCAAGGAAACCGGGAUUGACUUUUUGCAAGUCACCCGAGCGUUCCAUCCCUCUACUGAGUGAGUCAGCCCAUCAUGUGUGCAACCAUGUUUUAAAUGAUUCAAUCUGACGUUUGCGUCGCCGGCAGUCGAUCUUGGGUUAUCCGGUUCUGGGACCUGCCCGUCAAGUGGAUUUUCGUAGCGCUUCCCUUCGGCUGCCUCGUCACGCUGCUGUUCUACUUUGACGUGAGCGCUCCAAGAUCUGUCGUAGAAGGAACAUCGAAUUUGAUCGAACGACCGGUCUCUCUCACAGAACAAUGUCUCAUCCGUGAUGGCGCAAUCCCGUGGAUUCCCCGUCAAACGUCCUGCAGGCUUCCACUGGGACUUUUUCCUUCUCGGCUGCGUCACCUUUGUCGCCGGAAUUCUCGGUCUUCCGGCGCCGAACGGUCUCGUGCCUCAAGCACCUGUACAUACGGAAGCGCUGUGUGUCGUCAAGAUGGUACCGGAGGACACGAAGUUGACUGAAGGUGGAUUUUAUGAUGAAGAGGAAGAGGAAGAAGAAGAAGGAGCGAUCGAGAAGAGGUGGGAAGAGGAGGCUCCGCCCAAGAUGAAGGUUGUGAGGACCAGGCUGGUCGAGCAGAGGAUCUCGCAUUUUGCCAUGGGGCUGCUUACGCUUGGUACGAUGACGGGGCCUUUGCUCGUGACCCUGAGCUUGAUGAGUCGAGCCAUGUUCGCCGGCAUCUUCAUCGUCGUCGGAUGGGGCUCGGUCCAGGGAAACGGCAUCGUACACAAGACCCUCUUCCUCCUUCGCGACCAUCAUCUUACCCCUCGGGACCAUGCCUUGCUCCAAGUCCGACCCAAGAAAAUCUGGCUGUUUGUCGGGAUCCAAUGGCUCUUCUUUGCCGCCAUCGUUGCUAUUUCGGAAACGAUCUCCGGCAUUGGGUUUCCGGUUAUUAUCACGCUGCUCAUUCCCUUCAGGUAUUAUUGGGUACCUCGGUGGUUCAGUCUACAAGAACUAUCGGUGCUCGGUAAGUCGGCCAACUUACAGUCCCUGCUUGACGAAAACCUGAGACCGUCUGUUAUUCCCCUUGCUGCGCACUACAGAUGCCCCUACCGCUAACUCGGCCGCGACGCUCGUCUCCCUCGGCGGUCCCUUACAACCCGAACAUGGCCACUCCGAUUUCUUUCACAAACACCGAGAUGAUGUAGAAGCAUCCCUAUCUGAACCGAUGCACCAAGACGACGGCACGUUGAGGAAACGGACCACACCGUCUGCAUCUUCGAAAGAUGAGGUUAUGAUUCGCUUGUAG